CGUCGAAGCGUCUGCGUGGUCCUUGCGUUGCGUCACCGUGGGACCAUAAUCAGCCCUUGUCGCGAUAAGCAUAAUAGGAGGGUUUAUAGGAAAGGGAGUGGAGUCUUGGAAGCAGUGAACAUUUCGUUCAGCCUGUAUUUCAUUACCACAUUUGACACUACUGCUACAACACCACUUCUGAGAACUUUGAAUGAACGGAACUCGAUGAGAAUACGCUCUCGAAUAGAUUGGUUCAGUGGAUCACUUUCUUUAAGAACAAAUCGACAAAUGCCAUGGAGGGCGAAGUCACCCUGAAUUACUCUGUCUUGGACUUUGGAUUCUCGUUUCUGGGGCUGGCUUUCUUCUUGGUUGACAUAGUGCUGGACAUAUGGGCAGCGGUGCAUUUCUACCAAGAAGGAGACUUCAUCUACUUGGGGCUUUUGGUGACGAUGCUGGCAGGCUCUUCGGUUCUUGGACAGCUCUUCAGCUGGUUAUGGUACCGAUAUGAGGACUGGGAGACACGCACUAGCACAGAGGGCUCAGUCAGCAAGAGGGUCCUUCAAGUUCUGCACAUAUUCCAGCUGGGCGUCUACAUCAGGUACGCAGGCGUGCUGGAGGUCGCUGUGCGCAGUUUCUUCCCAAUAAAGAAGCGCGACUCGGUGAACGUGGCCGUGUACCUGUCCCACGACCUGUCCCUGCUGCGGCUCUUUGAGGCCUUCUCGGAGAGCGCCCCACAGCUCGUGCUGAUGCUCACGGUCAUGCUGCAGACCGGGGACUGGCAGGACCCCGUGACAGUGCUGAAGGCCGUGGGCUCAGCCUCGGCCAUCGCCUGCAGCGUGACCCUGUACCACCGCUCCCUGCGUUCCUUCCUUACGGACAAGGCCAAGCCGGGCCCCGUCUCCUCCCUGCUCUACUUCAUCUGCAACCUGCUGCUCAUCUUCCCGCGUCUGGCCGCCCUGGCCCUGUUCGCCUACGCCCAGCCCUGCUACAUCUUCGCCCACUUCCUGUGCUGCUGGGCCGUGCUCUUCUUCCUCGCCUGGCGCUGCGGCACCAAGUUCAUGGACAGCUCCGCCGGCGAGUGGCUGUACCGCGCCACGGUGGGCCUAAUCUGGUACUUCAGCUGGUUCAACGUCAGCGGGGGCCGCAGCGUGUACCACGGCGUUCUCUACCACGCGUGGAUGCUGCUGGACCAGCUCCUGCUCUGUGGCCUGGCGUUCUGGCAGACCCACAAAGCGCCGUGCAUCACCGGGGGGCUGCUCUCGCCGGACACGGUGGCGGUGAUGGGCGGCGUCGUCGUAGCGGUGUACGUGUCGGGCCUCCUGGUCAAAGUGCUGUACUACAAGCGCUUUCAUCCCAAGCUGGGUGAGCCAUCCACAGACACGAAAAAGCCCCUUCAGUUACCUGCUGCCGGAGACUUUACCGACGGGGGGGAGGAGGAUCGUGGCUUGGGUGACUACACCGAAGUGGAUUUCAUGGAGCCUCCUCUGGUGGAGAUGUUAACCGGGGGGGGGGAGGAGGUUGGGAGGGUGAAGAGACCAGUGAACAGAAGGAUGCAACACUUGGCUCAGAACUUCUACUCAUAGUCACUCCAGCGAGCGCUUGACAGACUGACUCAGAUGGACGUUUUAAAAUAACCAUUUUUCACAGGGCAAAUUUAUUUAUAUGUGUGCUACCAAUGCGUUUAUAUUGUGCUUUAUAUCUGUACAGCAAUUCAGUGACCUUAUC